AUGGUGGCUGUGCGACUCUGCUGUGUCGCUUUUCUCCUGACUUUGGCGGGAAUAGCUGUCGGCAUCCUUCAUGGCCCACCGGGCAGCGUCUGCACCUUCGUCGGAACCCGCCAGGUGUCGUGGCAAGUCGACAACCGUAGACGUCGAGAAUCUUCUCCGGGGAUUUGGGACUACCUGAAGGAAGUAUUCGGUACCCGGCCAAGGUACCGGCGUGGUCUCAUCACCGUGUACGGCACUGAAUAUUUCGUGGGUUACGAGUGCUGUUUGGGAUGGAAUCACAUUGGAGACACCUGCCAAGCUGACUGCUACUUCCCGUGUAACAAUGGCCUCUGUGUGGAUACCAACGUCUGUGAGUGCGACGUAGGCUGGGAAGGACAGAACUGUGACCAAGACAUUGACGAGUGUUGGCUCAUGAUAGACGAAUGUGACCGUACAAACGGCGGCUGUGUCAACACACCUGGAUCCUACAACUGCACCUGUAACGAUGGUUUACACCUCAUCAACGCGACGUUUUGCCAUGCUACACCGGAUACUGAUGAGUGUGCCAGCGGUAACGGAGGUUGUGACCAGAACUGCCACAACACUCACGGGUCGUUCUGGUGCAGUUGUGAUGCAGGCUACAACCUCGGAACGGAUGGACUGAGUUGUAUCGAUAUCAACGAGUGUAGCACCAAUAACGGCGGCUGUGAACACUUCUGUACCAACAUCGACGGAGGGAGAAACUGCAGCUGUCGGGAUGGUUUUCGUCUGGUGGGAGAGACCAUUUGCCGAGAUGACGACAUGUAUCCGUAUGGAGAAGAAGUGGACAGGCAGCCCCGCCGAUGGGACUUUUCAGAGUGUCAAAAGGAGGGGCUUCCUCAGGAGGGCUUCCGGUUCUUCGGACGGAGACACCACAAUGUUUAUAUCUGUGACAACGGAAUAGUCGGCUUUGAUCAGAUUGUCCGACCAAGAUUCCCAACACCAAUUCAGAACGUUCCUGCUUUCAGUGAAGCAGCGGUCCUCGCACCAUUCUUAGCGAAGUCCAACGCUACAGUCCUGGAUGACCUACCAGAAGACCAGAGAACUCAGAUCUUCUACAGCUUCCACGAGGCUGAUGACGGGAAUCCAGGGACUGAGCAGAUUCUUAACCUGGCCAGCGAUGAUGGGAGGUCCACUCCUGGGUUUCAUGAUCCAAGUUACAAGGCUGUGUGGGCUCUUGUGGUGACAUGGACCAGAGUUCCUCCCGACUGCACCAUGUACGGUAACGGGGAAUGUCCUCGGCCUCACGAUCAGCUUCCCGUGAACACCUUCCAGUUAGUGAUCUCCACAAAUGGAAUCCUGUCCUUCGCCACGUUUGUGUACCCAACUCUUGCACAGCAAUGGGUUAGUCCAGUUGAAGCCCAAGCUGGAGGAGAUGGCAUUUACCCCAAGAGUAACGUCGCCGUCGGAGGGUACAGCGCUGGUGACGGAAGAUUCUUCCCCUUUACACCGGCCACUAGUGCUGGCCUGGUACACAAUGGUGUGGACUUCUCUGGACAGGACAACGCAAACCGCCACCCUGUCCUGAGGUUCCCGGUGUCUAUGAAAAAUCUUUUCAGGGUGUUUGGUGGAAAGUGGAAGUUUGCGCUGCAGAAUGAAGGUGACAAUGCUGUGCCCCAGCGGAGUGUGGCGACCUGUUCAGAGUGGCUGAGGAGGCAGAAAGUGGAAGACCCAACUCAACUGUUUGGUUACGGCGCUCUGCCGUCUGUAGGGACCUGUCCAUGCAAUGCAGAGCAGGCCUGGUUUGACUCAACAAUCAGCAUCCCAUGGGUUAGAUACGAUCCCCACCUGACAACGAUGGACGGAAACAAAUACUCCUUUAACGGGCUGGGCGACUUCAUGCUCGCAGAUGUUGACAACGGAGAGUACCAACUGCAAUGUAGGAUGUCACUUGCUCCAGGAACGGACCACGCCACCAUGAUCACCGCCAUCAUCGCGUACCAGCGAGACAAACAGCCUGUACAGAUCCAGGUGGUGGGAAACUCCAGCCUGGAGCUGUACGUGAACGGCAGCCUGACGGACCUGUCUGUGUUUGGUGAGGAGGCAGGUGAGGAGGUUGGUGAGGAGGAGAUUGAUGAGGAGGAGUACGAGCUGGAGGUGGGAGACAACGCCCUAGUCACUCAUCCGGCCAACAACUCUCUCCUGGUCGUCUUCUUCAGCGGCAUCACUGUCAAGGCAACAGCCAAGAAGGGAAUGCUUGCCGUAGAGUUUACGUCCCCGUCAGAGUUCAAAGGCAAGAUACGGGGGCUUCUGGGGAAGUUUGAUGGCGACCAAUCCAACGAUUUUGAGACUUCAAAUGGAACCAUGGUGUCUGUUAACGCAACGGAGAGGGAACUCUACGAGGACUUCGGCCUUACUUGGCAGCUCACCAGCGAAGACGGACCAAGACAUUCAUUGUUUCCUAGCCAUACUCCAGACUCCUUCAAAACACGGUCUUCCUUCUACCCCCAUUUUACCGAUGAGAUCACGUUCAGUGACCCGGACCUGGAGGCUCAGGCCCGCGCCACCUGUGGAAACAACACCGACUGUUUGUUUGAUGUCAGCCAGACAGGAGACCUCGACCUUGGCAAAGAACUGGUGAUGGAUGAAGAGGAAUUUGACAAUAACCAGGACGUUCUUAACCUGUUUCCUCCUACGCUUAACGGACCGGAGUCUGUGUACGCCACGAUGGGCGAAACAGUGACUGUAGUUGUCACGGCUACCGACUCGACCACAAGUUCUCCAACCUUCGUGCUUGGGCCAGAGGUCCCUGAUACGGUGCAGCUUAGCGUCAGUGGGUCGGAAGCAACUCUUGUUUGGCAGGUAACUUCUGACUCGCCAUUUAAGUUCCAACUUGAUGUGUACAACGCGCAGAACUCGUCAGCCCAAUACUGGCCCGUUGUCUUUAUGUGCUCCUGUCAAAAUGGCGGCAACUGUGACGCAAGUGUGGAUCCGGAUCCUUCCGUUGCUGGUGGUGAGAAUAAAUUUUACAGGCGGACUUGCUCCUGUGCAACAGGGUACCAUGGAGAGCGCUGUGAAAUGCAGGUAGACGCAUGCUUGGUGAACCUUCACCCGUGUUUCCCUGGGUCAAAUUGCACAGAUCUCCCUCCGCCGGCAGGGCACGGCGCGGAUGGAUACAUCUGCGGACCCUGUCCGGACGGCUACACUGGAGACGGUUAUAACUGCCAAGACCGUGAUGAGUGCGCAGGCGCGGAGGGUGACGUCUGUCAGCAUGAAUGUAGGAACUUCCUGGGCGGGUUUGACUGCGUCUGUAACGACGGGUACAGUCUGGCUGACGACAGAGUAUCUUGCAAUGCUACCAGCCCCUGCAGCGGCGCUGACAACCCGGGGUGUGACCCAGAGCUCGGCUGGUGCCUGCUGAACGGUACCGGGACCGCGGUGUGUUCCUGCAGGAAGGGCUACAAGCUGGGUACUGACGGCGUCACGUGUGAAGACGAAGACGAGUGUUUGAGUGGGCAACACAAUUGUGAGCAGCUGUGCAACAACACCGCAGGCGGUUACACCUGUUACUGCAGGGGCGGGUACUACACAGUGGAGGACUAUGUCGUGACAUGCCUGGAAAUCGACGAGUGUACAGAGGGUUACGACGACUGUACAGAGCACGAGCAAUGUGUCAACGAACCCGGUUCUUUCGACUGUGAAUGCAAAGAGGGUAAUGUUGUAGUGAACGGCAUCUGUCUACCAGUAACAGCGACAAGCUCUACCAGCCGCCCUGCAACAAGCAGACCAGUCCCAGAUGUCUCAAAGCCAAUCACCACAACAAAGGCAUCACAAACAGGCAAACCCACCGAUUCCUGGACCUCCAAGCCAACAAUAGGGAAUGUUGUCGAGGUUAAUACCGUAGUGAUUGAAAUCUUGUCGACGAUUCAAGAGCUCACGAACCUGAUCGCAGAGUUCAAGCGAGUUGUUGCCGCCGCUCUUACCGACUUCUGCAGCCAACAGGCAGACCAGAUCCCCGCCUGCAGGACAGAGGCGGGAGGCAGAAGGCGAAGAUCGUAA